CUCUUUUGUUGUAAACAAAUCAACGUGCUGUCGGCCGAUACCCGAAACAUUGACUUGAUAGGCUUGUCGUGUGUGAUGAUGAAACAUUCGGAAAGUUGUAUCAAAGUCACUUGUUUUCUAUAUUUAACACCUUGUUAAUGGGUUUACAAGCAAAUCAGAAAACCGGUAGUGCACUUUACGUGUUAUGUAGUUCUUUUUGUCGAGAUAAGGGUCUUCUCAAAAGAUACUUCAAACCCUCUUUACCUCUGACGCUGACUCGGUUGUGUCGCGUGUGCUCUGUUGUUCAGACUGUUCAGUAUUCAACACUAAAAAAAGAGUGUCCAUCAUCAUCAUCAUCAACCAGCAUGACCUCUGCUCUACGGUCCGAAGAUACUGAGAGGAAGUCCUUUCAUCAAGAGUUGACACUUCCAACCUCAUCACAUAAUGAAUCUGUUGGUGGAGUUAAUCCUGUCGUGACUCGUCUUCGCAAUGGAAUGAGAAAAGCUUUCUCGGAUAUUGUAGAAUCAAGUGCAUCGUGUUUGCUGAAGGGAGGUGUUGUUGCUGUGCCAACUGACACUAUCUAUGGCGUGGCAUGCCUGGCUCAGAACUCACCGGCUGUUGAGAGGAUUUAUGCCAUCAAGGGGAGGAAUCAAGAGAAGCCAAUUGCGAUCAGUGUUGCUGAGAUUGAUGAUGUCUAUAAAUGGAGCAAAGUGACCGUGUCACGAGAGUUGUUGACGGACCUCCUGCCUGGCCCUGUGACCGUUGUGUUUGAGAGAAACUCUGAACUGAACCCAGCCCUCAACCCUUACACCUCUUUGGUCGGGAUUCGCAUCCCAAACCACACAUUCAUGCAGAGUUUGGCUAAGCAGUGCGACAGUCCCAUCGCUCUGACCAGUGCUAACAUCAGUGGGAGUUCCAGCUGUCUGCAAGUGAAGGAGUUUGAAAAUCUGUGGGCCCGUCUGGACCUGAUAGUGAACGGUGGUACUUUGAGCGACACUGAAGAAUCUCGCCAAGGCUCCACCGUGGUGGAUUUGUCUGUUCCUGGGACCUUCAAGAUCAUCAGACCUGGCAGUGCCCAUGUUGUUACCCAAGCCUGUCUUAAGGACAAGCACGGACUGGUGGAGAGAGGUACCCAAGUGUCACCGGACAGAUAACGCUCUCAUGAGGAUUUUUACUGUAGUUAUUUUCUGUUUUGGAAUUUGUCCUGUCCCGUAGAUAUUACAUACCUUUCUUGUAUAUAUUCAAAUGUUUAAGAUCUCUGCAGUGUAUACUUGCAACCAUGUCACCAACAUUGCAGUUAUUGCUCUUGUUGUAUUUUAAUAUUUGAAGAACAGCUCACUACAAAUCUCUUGUUCACUUUGUACGGGUCAGCUUGGAUUUGAAACUUUAUGGAAUUUUUUAAAGAAUCACUGUGCACAUGCUGACUAAAUGAAAUGGUUUGUCCUGAUUUCGCCAAAAGUACCAAUUUUCCUCAAGCAGAUGUGAAAUAAGCUAGCACAGAGUGACUGCCAGGCCCUGGGAAUUUGAAUAAAAUUGCUGAGACCUUGUGAUUGCUUGUAGAAUUUAAGGGGGGGUGGCUAUGAUAUACACUAUCUGGCUAUUUACCUGUCGUUGAGCUAGUUAAUCUUCAUUGGGAUGUUUGUUUGGUUGAAAUGAAGUACCCUGAACCUCAAAAUAAACAUUUUCACUUUUUUCUAUGGCGUGGCACCAC